AUGGAUGACGUAUCGAUCAAAAACGAGUAUGCUAGGGAGCAUCCCCGUACGCUUAGCAGCAUGGCCAAUCUAGCGUUAACUUACAAUAAUCAAGGGCGGUGGAAGGAGGCCGAAGAGCUGGGAGUAGAAGUAAUGGAGACCAUGAAGAGGGAGCUUGGGCAUGGGCAUCCAGAUACGCUUAGCAGCAUCAGCAACCUUGGAUUAGGGCACAUAGAGCAGGGCAUGUAUAGUGAGGCAGAGGAGAUGUACCGGCGGGCGCUGCAAGGAAUGGAAAAGGUGCUGGGAGCGGAGCACCCAGACAAGCUGACUAGCAUGGCCAACCUGGCAUCGAUAUACCAGAUGCAAGGACGGUGCAAGGAGGCGGUAUACCUGCUAGAGCAGGUAGUCGCAGCUAAAAAGAAGGUGCUGGAGGAGGUCCACCCAGACCAACUAGCGUCACAGCAUGCGCUCGCAAGAGCAUAUCAAGCAAAUGGACAGAUAGAAGAGGCAGUCAAGCUUCUAGAGCAGGUCGUUGCGAUACGUGAGCAGGUGCUCGCGGAGGACCACCGUAGCCGACUGGCGUCGCAGCAUACGCUCGCAGAAGCAUAUCAAGCAAACGGCCAGACAAAGGAGGCAGUCAAGUUUCUAGAGCAGGUCGCUGCAAUACACAAGCAGGUGCUUGCAGAGGAACACCCUGGCCGACUGGCGUCGCAGAAUGCGCUUGCAGGAGCAUAUCAAGCAAACGGACAGAUAAAAGAGGCAGUCAAGCUUCUAGAGCAGGUCGUUGCGAUACAUAAGCAGGUGCUUGCGGAGGACCACCCUGGCCGACUGGUGCCGCAGCAUGUGCUCGCAAGAGUGUAUCAAGCAAACGGACAGAUAAAGGAGGCAGUGGAGCUGCUGGAGCAUGUGGUCACGAAAGCGCAAGCUCUUCCAAACGACCAUCCUUCGCGGCUGGCAUCGCAACAGGCGCUCGCAGACUUGCAUGCAGAACUGACGGUCAGUUCAGACUCAGCGUGA